GGAACGGAAAUCAACAGAGUGUGGUUUAUAACUGUCGUAAACAUCGAGUUCGAAGAAUUAGUGAUAGACGUCAAAGAAGUAAUGGAUCCGUCAAAAAUGAGCAAUCGUUUCAAACCACCGUUGAUGCCUCUGAGAACAGAAAUGGUUAUAGAACCAUUUGUGUUGUCUCUGACACCAAUGAUUCACACUAUAAUGCCGAAUGUACCAGUAAUAUUGAAUCCAGUCAACGGACUGGCAGCAAGGUAGUGACUGACUGUAAGACACGGCAGGGUGGGGGAAUUACGCCUCUGCAAGGGUCAAGGAAGGCGGCAAAUGGCACGGUUAUUAGUAGCAUAGUUCGGUCUAUGUCCCUAAGAGAAACUGCAAGGAGAGCUGGUGUUAAUGAGUCGAGUUGCCUGGGUGUUGGUCGUUGCAGUGAAGAAUCAGGCAAUGUGAUAGUUGACGAGGAAACAGGGGAUUGUGAAUCUAGUUCCAUGGCAAGUUAUGAAUACUCAAGCUGUGGAGUGUCACAAUGCGAGACAAGUAGUGAUGGUACAACUUCUGAAGAUUCUCGAAACUUUCCUAAUGCUAACACAGGCAAACCAAGUGAAGAAUCAGACUAUGAGAUGAUUGCCGAGGAAACAAGUGCUGGGGAAUCUAGAUCCAUGGCAAGUUCUGAAUACUCAAGCGAGACAUAUAGCGAUUGUACAGCUUCUGAACAUUCACGAAACAUUUCCAAUGCUAACACAGAGAAACCAAGUGAAGAAGAUGGCUAUGUGAUGAUUGACGGGGACACAAGGGCUGGGGAAUCUAGCUCAGGAGAACCAAGACCAAUCCUUCCAAACCGAGAAAGGUCCAUGAUCGUAACAGAUGUGAUGGAAGCGAUCAAAAAUUACUUUGAACCGAAGAUUAGUGAACUCAUGGACCUAGCAAGGCGACAAUCCAUGCUCAGUGAAAACCAAUCUCGAUCUAUUUACUGUACCCAAAAUCAUGGCUUUGAUGCUGAUGAUUCACCAAGCGAUGAAAGUAUAUAUUGUGAACCUUACUGCAAUCUUGCCAAUGGUAUAUCCCCUGAAUAUGAUCCAUAUGAAAAUCUUCAAGAAGUAAACGCGAAUGAUCAGCUCCCAGACAGCUCCGUUCCAGAUGAAUCACCCCCUCAAGGUGAUUACAAAUUUCCAACAGAUUGUUGUCAGAUAUCCACAACACAGAGAGAUCACCAAGUUCCAUUUACUGUAUCCACAACACAGAGAGAUCACCAAGUUCCAUUUACUGUAUCCACAACACAGAGAGAUCACCAAGUUCCAUUUAAUGUAUCCACAACACAGACAGAUCGCCAAAUUCCAGUUAAUGUAUGUACAACACAGGGUGAUCACCAAAUUCCAUUUAAUGUAUCCACAACACAGACAGAACACAAGGUCCGAUUAAUGUAUGUACAACAGGGAGAAAUGGCAAAGUUUCAUUUAAUGUAUCCACAGCACAGAGAGAUAACCAAGUUCCAGUUAAUGUAUCCACAACACAGAGAGAACCCCAAGUUCCAUUUAAUGUAUCCACAACACAGAAAGAUCACCAAGUUCCAGUUAAUGUAUCCACAACACAGAGAGAACACCAAAUUCCAUUUAAUGUAUCCACAACACAGAGAGACAACCAAGUUCCAGUGAAUGUAUGCACAACACAGAGGGAACCCCAAGUUCCAUUUAAUGUAUCCACAACACAGAAAGAUCACCAAGUUCCAGUUAAUGUAUUCACAACACAGAGAGAACACCAAAUUCCAUUUAAUGUAUCCACAACACAGAGAGACAACCAAGUUCCAGUGAAUGUAUCCACAACACAGAGAGAUCACCAAGUUCCAUUUAAUGUAUCCACAACACAGAGAGAUAACCAAGUUCCAGUUAAUGUAUCCACAACACAGACAGAUCACCAAGGUUCGUUUAAUGUACCCACAGCACAGAGAGAUAACCAAGUUCCAGUUAAUGUAUGCACAACACAGAGAGAUCACCAAGUUCCAUUUAAUGUAUCCACAACACAGACAGAUCACCAAAUUCCAUUUACUGUAUCUACAACACAGACAAGUCACCAAAUUCCAUUUACUGAAUCUACAACACACACAAGUCACCAAAUUCCAUUUAAUGUAUUCACAACACAGACAGAUCACCCACAUUCAGUUAAUGCAUGUAGAACACAGAGGGAACACCAAAUUCCAUUUAAUGUAUGUACAACGCGGAUAGAUUACCAAAUCCCAGCCGAUAGUUGUCAGUUAUCUACAUCACAAAGAGAUUACCAAGUUCCAUUUAAUGAUGAUGAUGACAUUUUUUCUUCUGUAUCUGCUGCUCCUGCUACUACUGCUGUUGCUUCUGGUGCUGAUGAUGUUUACAGUUGGUCAGAAUGUGAAAGAUUUCAAAUAUUGAUUAAGUUUAAGCUUAAAAACAAAUGGCGAACGAACAAACAUUCGGUCCAGGCAACGGUCAACACAGCAACAAUACUGCGAGAUUUAAAGAUGCAAUUUGAGCAAUAUUGUGGAUGCCCAGUUACUGUGGAAUAUUAUGUUUCAAAAUACGGACAUGUAAGAAAUAUGAGUAAAGUACAUGACUAUAACAAAAGUUUAUUGGAUUAUGGAAUGACUGCCGGCUCAACUUUGUGCUUUAAAAGUCUCCGUGUUGCGGCACCCAGCUACAGACCGUUAAUUUCAAAAUUUUCUAUGUUUGUCAACGACUUAGACGUCAUUUACUAGUAGACUGAACACAUAAACAAAUAAUUGUAUUCUUGUGCAAAUUACUUAAUGACUAUAUCUCGACCACUAAACCACACUUAAAGAUACAAUUUCAUAUUUUCUAAGAAAGUCAAAACAUAAUUAUUUCUAUGUCUUUUGCUCAAUAUGUUGUCAACUCACUAUUAUACGAUUAUAGGUGUCAUUCUCACACUUAAAACUCAUUUACACCGGAAAUAAUAACACAAUUACCUUCCAAUUACCUUUCUUGUUUUCUAUUCUUUACCAUGGAGUAGUUAUCUUCAAACGUUUGAAUUUGAAGAUGAAAAUGAUAUUUUUGCCAAUUUCUCAACUGGCAAUAGUGAAUUAUAGGAUUAAUAGGAUUAUUCUUUAACAAGGUAGGACUGUUUAAAGAUACCAUCUAUUUUAAGGCUUUAUUUUAAUAUAUUGUAAAAAUAUAACUUAAAAAUAUGAAAUUGCAACUUUAAGUUGUUUAAUGGUCUCGAGCUAAAGACAUUACGUAGUACGUGUAUAUUGAAACAACACUCGGCUAACGCCUCGUGCAGUAUCCAUAUAUUACAUAAUGUCUAGCUCUCGACCAUUAAACCAUACAUAAUAUUGGUUCGUGGCUCUUCCACGUCCUUACAUAAUGUAGAGAUCCAAAUAAAUUAUAUAUUAGAGACUGGCACAGUAAGAAUACUGGUCAAAUGUAGCCUUUGUUGAUAAUAUUUGUUGAAACUCGACACUUUUACUUUGUCUGAAGAAGUUAUGGCAUUUCGAAAUUAUGUUCAAUUGUCGGAUUUGGAUGAUGUUACUAUUAGGCUACUGCUGUUUGUAAAUUUCCCUUAAAGAUACAUUAUGGGAGAUUAGAUAAAGAGCUGGCAGUUUUCACUAUAAUAGUUAAAAACUAGAUAAUGUAAAGGGAAUUUGAUGAAAAUUUCGGUCUAAUUGAUCCACUCGAAUUUCGGGCCUAGCCUCGAUCAUCAUUACUAAAGCCGGUACGAUACAAUACAUAGUCUCGAUUAUCCAUUUCUUGAUUUAAUCAUGAAUGAGCGUAGAGCAGCAGAUCGGAUCCUAAUCCAGUAAAUAUCGCAGGCUAACGAUGGCACUCAGAGUUGAUUAUGCCCUGGAUAAGUUAAUUAAUGUCUAAUUAACAGUAUAGAUAACAUUUAAUGCCUAAAGAUGAUAUAUUUAUUCCCUAGUGUUUGUGAAAUUAGUAAGCACUUGCUCACAAUUCCUGUGGGAACUGCAGACUGUGAAAAAGGAUGUAGUAGACAAAAUAUUAUUUAAAAACCAGAGAGAGAGAGAGAGAGGGGGAGAGAGAGGGGAGAGAGAGAAAUAGGGCUUAACGUCCAAUCGACACAAACUUGGUCAUUUUUAUUUUAUUUCAAUAAUUCGCUUGCGCGUAGGGGUCUUUAGCAGUGGGAGGAAACCGGAGGACCCGGAGAAAACCCACGAGGUUGGACAGGCGACCCUACUCCUUAUCACGUACAACCGGGGAAUCGAAACCCCGCCAGUUGACUCAAUGACAGACCGUAUGAUACAGCGCGUGCGUGCUAACCAUUCCUCCCACUGCUAAAGACCCCUACGCGCAAGCGAAUGGUUGAAAUAAAGUUGAACCAUGUGUUAGUCCCGAAAUGACCUAGUUUGUGUCGAGUGGACGUUAAACCCCAUUUCUUUCUCUCGCUAACCAUUCGGCCACUCAACCCCCUAAACAAAUACACUGUGUAAUUUAAUGAUACUUAAUAUUGGGAAAGGAAAGUGGUUACCCAAGAUUUUGAAAAAGCUUUCAAAAAGUUCGCCUCUGGAAAGCAGAGAAGAAUUUUAUUACGUGUAAUAUCAUAUGUAUAUUGUAUGUAUUUAUGUAAAUAAAA